AUGGCGGGGCAACGAAAGCUCUUGAGUGAGAUUGAUCGUACACUAAAGAAAGUAAGUGAAGGAGUGGAUGUGUUUAAUGAUAUAUGGGAUAAAGUCUAUGCAGCUACAGCACAGAAUCAAAAGGAAAAACAUGAAGCAGAUUUAAAGAAAGAGAUUAAGAAAUUGCAACGAUUUCGUGAUCAGAUUAAGACGUGGAUUAGUAAUUCCGAUGUAAAAGAUAAACGACCACUUAUUGAGACGCGUAAGAUGAUUGAACAGAAAAUGGAAGAGUUUAAAGUGUGUGAGAAAGAAACAAAGACAAAAGCUUAUAGUAAAGAAGGUCUUGCACAAGUUGAACGAUUGGAUCCCGAACAACAAGCUCGACAGGAAUCUCAUGCGUGGAUACGGGAUUGUUUAAAUCAAUUUAAUGUACAGAUUGAAGCACUAGAGAGUGACGUGGAACGACUUCAUUCUGCCAAAGGUCGGAAUCGAAAGAAGACGGAGAUUGAAGAGAAGGAGAAAUUGUUAUCAAGACACAAGUGGCAUAUACUGAAACUGGAACAGAUUAAUCGAUUGCUAGAUAAUUCUGCAUUAGAACCAGAACAGGUUGAUGAACUUAAGGACGAUAUUGAUUAUUAUCUUGAAGCUAAUCAAGAACCUGAUUUUAUGGAAACCUAUGGAAAUGAUGAUAUCUACGAAACGCUAGACCUUGAUACGCUUGGUGCAGCUGCACAGGUAGCUUUGCCGACGGAACAGGAUGUUGGUAUUGAUGAUACUAGCUCAACAACGUCUGCGUCGUCUGCUACUGCUACAGCAGUGGCGUCACCAGCACCAACGAUCUCAACGGUGCGUGGCAAGACGCCGCGAAAGAGUGCGACGUCGCUAACGAUUACAGGAAUUGGCCGUGCUGGUGCAGUUAAGCCUAUUGAACUUAAGACAGCGACGCCAAGUCGAUCCAGUAGCGCUAGCAGAAACGAUACCUCGCCAUCCAAUGGUCUCAAAGUGGAGAUUAGCAAAGCACGCACGACUCCGUUGCGUGCAAAGAGUGGAUCAGCCUCGUCAGAAAAGGGAUUGAGCAAAGCGCCGACUCCAGUACCUUCUUCUCCUGCAGUUGGCGAGCAGCGCACACCCGCCCGCAAGGUUUCACCACCUACGCCGCAGCGCACGCCGUCACCUAGUAUCGGUAAGGGUAAGUUUGGUUCGUCUACAUCUGCUUCACCGGCAGCAGUGAAGCCUCCCUCAGGCCCCGCGCCGUCUCCUGCGCCUUCCAGUUCGUCGUUGCCACCACCAGUUCCUGCUCCAUCACCUACUGCUGCUACCCACGCAUCAGGUUCCGCACCAGUUCCCGUAUCAGCACCGUCAUCUGGGUCUGAAUCUGCAGCGUCUACAGCCACAGCAGCAGUAACAGCAGCUAAACGUCAACCUAUGGAAAAAUUACCUCAACUUACCGAGGAACAGAAGCAGGUUUUGCGAUUGAUUGACGAAAGCUUUCACUUCAUUCCCGAGAGCCGCGACUCUACAAAAGCCAACCGCUACGUUCCGCGCAACCUGUAUCCGACACCAGCGUCAUUUCCGACAACGCCAUCCACGUUGUUUUCCAGUGCUCCCAUCUUUGAGAAACUGGACGUUGACACGCUCUUCUUCAUUUUCUACUACCAGCAAGGUUCCUAUCAGCAGUAUUUGGCAGCUCGUGAACUGAAGCGACGGACAUGGGGCUACCACAAGAAGUACAAGACAUGGUUCAAGCGUCACGAGGAGCCGCAAGUGACAGGUGAGGACUACGAGCAGGGCACUUUUGUGUAUUUCGAUUAUGAAACCGGCUGGUGUCAACGCAUUAAGACGGAGUUCACCUUUGAGUAUAGCUUUCUCGAAGAUGAGCUGCAGUAA